AUGGGAAACAAUAUCGCUCUGCCGUAUUCAGGUCACAUUCCAGGUGGAGUACAGGUGGGCAGUGAGGUUGUCAUUACAGGGAAAACUGCGCCAAACUUUGAGAGAUUCAGCAUCAACCUGUGCACCGGAGCUAACCUAGACCAGGAUUGUGCUCUCCACUUCAACCCCAGAUUUAGUGAUGGGAAGGUGGUCAGGAAUCACAAGCAGGCUGGGAACUGGGGUGGGGAGGAAACGAAUGGAGGGAUGCCAUUCAAGAGAGAUCACAGUUUUGAAAUCUACAUCAAAGCCACUCAACAGGGGUAUGAGGUAAAAGUGAACCACGACCAUUUUUGUAACUUCAAUCAUAGAAUUCCCAAAGAGAGUGUCCAGUUUCUCCAUAUUGCAGGGGACUGUAUAAUCACAUCAAUCCAACCACUGGGAGGACAAUCUUAUUCUAUGGGCCAAAACUUUCCACAAGCUCAAGGACAAUUCUUAUUUACACAGUAUGCGGCUCCAGCUGCUCCCAUACACAAUCCUCCUGUGCCAUUUUCAACUUCCAUCCCAGGGGGACUGUACCCUGGAAAGAUGAUUUUUAUCACAGGAGUUCCUUCCCCUAAUGCAAACAAGUUCACCAUCAACCUGAUCUGUGGCCCAAGUGAUGCAUCUGACAUCUCUCUUCACUUUGACGUUAGAUUUAAUUUUAAUGGUGAGAGGAACCUUGUGGUCAGAAAUCACAAGCAGAAUGGAUCAUGGGGACAAGAGGAAAGACAACAGAGUCACUUCCCCUUCAUACCUGGUACAAGCUUUGAGCUGGUAAUCCUGACUGAGCCAAAUUGUUUUAAGGUGGCAGUGAACAACCAACAUUUCAUAGAGUUUGCUCACAGAGUCCAACCAUUUCAACGAACAGACCAUGUGACCGUCAAUGGUGAUAUCAGCCUCAGCCAAGUUCGCUUCCAAUAAAUUUAAUUCAGUUUUUAAAUGGUGGUAGUAGAGAAAUACAUAAUUUAUUUUUCCAGCUAGUUACUUGAUAGUUAGAUUUAUAUAAACUUAUGUUGAAACAAUAAUUAGAUGAUGUUCUUAACUAGCUUAAAAUUUAGGCCAUUAUUUAGGCAUCGAUUUUGAAAAAGAAUUAAGAUUACUAAUAAUAAAACUUAAUCACUACAUAAUAAUUUGAAAGAGUUAAAUAUUAAAUAAACAAUAUGCUUGUUUAAAAUAAUUUUAAAACACAAUUGUAUCAAGUACUAUGACUAGGAUGUUUUGAAUAUUGUUUUAUUCUAUGACCAACAAACUUAAAUAACAAAUUAAGAUCCAAACAUAUGUCUGGCAAGUUGGCCCAUGUAGGUAUUGACCAGUGGAUAGAUCCAGUAGGAUGUGAGCAAUAGAUUUGUCUGUAGUGUCAUAUGCAACCAAUCGGAUGAGACUCGUGAAAUAUUCUUUUACUUUACUCCUAUGUUUUAGAAUUCAUUGAUUAUAAUUGCUUUUGUAAAUCAAGGAAUUAUAUUUUUGGUAUGGGUCUAAUGAAUA